AUGUCAACUGGUAACACCUCCACCUUGAAAGCUGACUUGGACAAUUCAAUGCACGUUGCUUCAGUAAACUCCGGCGACUUCUACCAAGACGAAGAAGGUUUUGCUGCUGAUGCCGCUGCUGGUGCUGCUGGUGAUGCAGACCUCGAAUACAUCAACAACAACAACAACAACAACAACAACAACAACAACAACAUCAACGACNACGACGAUGAAGAAUCUUCCAUAGAUUCCACUCCACAACAAAAACAGCCACCUCGCAAACAAUCAUGGAAAGAAAUCUUUAUGUUGUCAUUCAGUUCCCUUGGUGCUAUUUAUGGUGACUUGGGUACUUCCCCCUUGUAUACCAUGAACUCAAUCAAAUAUUCACAAAACCCACCAAACAAAGAUGAUGUGUAUGGUGCUGUCUCCAUCAUCUUUUACGUCUUUACAUUCAUUGUCAUUUUCAAAUACGUUCUCAUUGUCUUGUACUUUGGUCCAAACAAUGGUGAAGGGGGUCAAGUGGCCAUUUAUACCAAGAUUGCCAGAUUCUUAAAGAUUGGACCAAAAGGUGUCAUUUUGCCUGGUAAGUCUGAAGGUGAGUUGGACGAUAUGGAUUUGAAAGUACUUGCAAGACACGAUACCACAAUGUCAACCGAUACUUUGCAAUCAAGAAUCGACAGAAUUAAACAACAUCCAUCAGUAAUCAAAGCUAUUAAAGGUUUCAUUCUUGCUGCUUGCUUCCUUGGCUGUUCAUUAAUCAUUUCCGAUGGUUUACUUACUCCAACUACAACGGUUCUCAGUGCUAUUGGUGGUAUUCAAACUGCAGUACCCAGUUUCAACAACGUCCUUGCGGUGUCCGAAGUGAUAUUGGUGCUACUUUUCCUUAUUCAACAAUUUGGAUCAACAAAGCUUAGCUUCACAUUUGCUCCAAUCAUCACCAUUUGGAUGUUUGGUUUGAUCAUUUGUGGUAUUUACAACAUUGUCGUUCAUCAUCCAGGUAUAUUUGCCGCCUUGUCCCCCUACUAUGCCAUCAACAUUUUGCGCAACGGUGGUAUUGAUGUUUUUGGUGGUGCAAUGUUGGCAAUCACCGGUACUGAAGCCAUGUUUGCUGAUAUUGGCCAUUUCGGUAAAUUGCCCAUACAAUUGACAAUGACUUGUUUUGUUUAUCCUGCAUUGAUGUUGUGUUAUUUGGGACAGGGCGCUUACUUGGUUAAACACCCAGAUGCCGUCACCAACCCAUUUUACAUCUCAUUGCCUGGUGGUACUGGCUCUGCUCCUUAUUGGAUCAUGUUUGUUCUUUCCACAUUGGCCAGUAUUGUUGCAUCACAAGCAUUGAUUCUUUCUGUGUUCAGUAUCACAAGACAAUUGAUCAAUCUUGACUGUUUCCCCAAGUUGAGAGUUGUUCAUGUGUCAAGCCAAUACAUUGGUAAAGUUUACCUCCCUGCUGUCAAUUGGAUGUUGAUGAUUGGUGUUGUUUGUGUUGCAGCUGGAUUCAAAAACAGUAACAAUAUCACUGCUGCUUAUGGGUUGGGUAUUUGUCUUGAUUUGAUUGUCACCACUUCCUUGAUGAUUCUUUGCUUAUACUACGUGUACAACUUGAACAUAAUUUGGCCACUCUUGUUUGCUUGCAUAUUUGUCCCAUUGGAAAUCUGUUUGGUGAUUGCCAAUAUGAAAAAAGUGCCGCAUGGAGCUUGGUUCCCAUUGAUGAUGGCAGCACUCUUUUGUACCUUCCUUACCAUUUGGCGAUGGGCAAGAUCAAGAAAAGUCAAUCAAGAAGUAAGUCAACAGGUUAAAAUUGCCGACUUGUACCCAUUCUUCCAAUCAAAGCCAAAACAAGUGACAGUUGACCUCGGUGGUAAUGGUAAGACCAAUUCUUCCGGUAAUGAUGAUGAAGAUGACGACUUGAGCAAUCGAGGAAGAACUAGGGAAAGAGUUACAGUUAUUGCUGAAUCACCAAGUAAUCAAGUUAUCACCAAGUACGGAACUCAAGUGUUGCAAAAACACUCUGGUGUUGGGUUCAUGUAUGUCAAUUCAUUACUCACAAACAGUCCAAACACGUUACCACAAUUGUAUGCCAAAAUUGUGCAGAAUUUCGCAUCAAUUCCAAACAACUUGGUAUUUGUCGGAGUGCGUGUUCUCUCUGUUCCUUAUGCCCACGAACAACGGUUUGUGAUGGCACAAAUGAAAUUACCUGGUCAUUUCAGAUGUAUAGUCAGGUUUGGAUUUAUGGAACAGAUCAAGUUUAGUGAUGAGUUGAUCAAAUCGAUUACAAAGCUGUUGCCUAUACCCGAAGCUUUAGUUGAUGAUGUACCGGUGAUGCACUUCUACGAAAAUGAUAUUGUUCAAUGCCGUGACUAUGAGCAUCAUGAUAAAUGGGUGGUGAAUGGGUUGUUGAAGUUGAAGUACGCAGUGAGGAAAGUAGUUGUCAACUAUUUGUUCAACCCGUUGGUUCAACUAACUCAGACAUUUGAUGAUGGAGAUGAAAGGAUGGAAAAGAUCUUGAUUGGUGGCGUUGCUAGGAUAUAG